AAUAUUUAACGCGGAGAAAUUUUAUUUUCAUAAAUUAUUAUUAGUGAGAGUUAAACAUUAAUGAUUUUAUGAUAGAUCUUUGUAGAAAAUAGUUUGGGAUUUGUCAUUGGGACGGCCCUGCGCGUGUUUUGUCGAUGCGCGUGACUCGAUUCGGUCUGGAUCGAUGGGGAAAAGACAAGCGACGACUUAGCAGAGCGGGCCGCAGGGUGGGGUAUUUUUGUCGGAAGGGAGGAGUUACUGAGUUAGCUGCUGAGCGGAACGGCUACGGACCACUUUUCAUCCGUGUUCUCGGUUGAAAUUACGACCGACAUACAAAAAAAAGCUCCUCUUUGUUGUCGUCGACGAUCUCGGUGCCGGCGCCGGACAAGAAAAUGGUCAUCAAGGUCUACACGUCCGGGAUUUCCGGAAAUAAAGAAGUCAAAAAGAAACAACAGAGGAUAAUGAUGAUCCUAGAAAGUAAAAAUGUAACCUAUGUGACAGUAGAUAUCACAGAACCAGGAAACGAGGAAGAAAAGAGUUUUAUGCAGGAAAAUGCCAAGCCGAAGGAUUCGUCCAAACACCCGAUCCCACCACAGAUCUUCAACGAUACUGAUUAUUGUGGCGACUAUGACGGAUUUGAUCUAGCGAACGAAAAUGAUGAAUUGGAGACGUUUUUAAAAAUGCCUUUACCUCCUUCACCUCCUGUUGUAAAUGGCAAUCAUGAGCAUUCCACUGAAAAGGAUACAAGUGACUCUCAGGUCAUAGAAAGGCAGGAAGAACUAAUAAAUUCCAUGGUUCCGAAAACAGCAUUAAAAGAAGAACCUGUUAAAGAGCCAACUGAUGUAAACAACAAAAUUGAAGACCUGGAAGAUGAGACUGAAACACAAGCGAAUGAAGAAAUGGAAGCUGAAGAGGAAAAUAACGCCGAGGAUGAAGAUAAAGACAACUCUGAAGAUGUUACAGACGAGGAGUGAAAUUAUGUCCAUACCUACAAAUCUUUUAUUGUGCAAAGAGAUGAGAUGAUUUUUUUUCUUGUUAAAAGCGAGCAAUGCAAUUAAAAUAAAGACACGAGCAAUUAAUAAAUAUAAACAAAUAUUGCCAAUUAUUAUUCUAGCUUUUAAUAUACUGCUAUUUUGAAUACGAUUGUGAUAAUUUAAACAUUUUGGGAUAUGUCCUCUGCCAAAAAAAAAAAAAAAUAAAAUAAAUAAAAAAAAUAAAAUAAAAUAAAAAUCUUUUUAACAUUUAUACCACUUUAAUAGUUUAGAGGCGACAGUGAGUAGUAUUGUUAGAAUGUUUAUCAUAAAUAAUUUAUAUUUAACAAUUAAACAAUUUAAAUUUGUUGAUUUAUAAUUACUCUAUUAAAGACUUCCCAUUAUUUUUUUUCCGCUUUUGUAAAUAGACACCUCUUGUUUAAAUUUUAAAGGAAA